AUCCACUAACAUAUGAUCUGCUCCAUGCGAAUGGGCUCCUUUCGCACAUUGCUUCACAAGGUUGCAGUAUGCUUGAACUACUUCUUGAGAUGGAUCGUAUUCUGCGAUCUGAGAAAUGGUUGAGAGUAUGAAGAAAGUUGCAAAACUCGAUGCUGAACCGACUGUGGAGGAAAGGAACUUGCUUUCUGUUGGUUACAAGAAUGUUAUUGGAGCUCGAAGGGCUUCUUGGCGUAUUAUGUCCUCCAUUGAGCGGAAAGAGGAGUCGAAAGGGAAUGAGAACAAUGUGAAGCUGAUUAAGGGAUAUCGUCACAAGGUAGAAGAGGAGCUGUCCAAGAUUUGUCAUGAUAUACUAGAAAUCAUAGACAAACAUCUAAUCCCAUCUUCUGGCACCGGAGAAGCUACUGUCUUUUAUUACAAAAUGAAAGGUGAUUAUUAUCGUUACCUUGCUGAGUUCAAGACUGAUCAGGAAAGGAAAGAGGCUGCUGAACAAUCAUUGAAGGGCUACGAGGCUGCUACGGCCACUGCAAACUCUGAUCUCUCUUCAACACAUCCAAUCAGGCUUGGUCUUGCUUUGAACUUCUCUGUGUUCUACUAUGAGAUCAUGAACUCUCCAGAAAGGGCAUGUCACUUGGCUAAACAAGCUUUUGAUGAGGCAAUAGCGGAGUUGGACACUCUAAGUGAAGAAUCAUACAAGGACAGUACCUUAAUCAUGCAGCUGUUGAGAGACAACCUCUGAUUUGCCCGAAGAUGGAGCUGAAGAGAAUUCGAAAGCAGCAGAACCUCCUCAAAAAGCAGCAGAACCGCCUCAAAAAACAGAAGAUUGGCCUCAACAUUAAUGGAGUCUCAAGGAGAGACAUGACAGGCAGUAUGCUUGAGAAAUUCCCUCAGCUAUCUUAGAGACUAUAGCGCGUGCAUGAUUUUGCAAUGCCCCUACCAGAAGAAGAUGCAUUUAUUAAUUUGAUUGAGACAUUUUCAUUUCCUUCCAUUUUUUCCUUUAUUUAUCUUCUUUGGUGGAAAGUGUUAUUCAACUUGAUCUUUUUCAAAUGAGUCUUAGUCUUUUCUUAGAUCCUGGAUUUUGUUCAGGGACAGGCCAAUCUCUUGAGAUUAUGAGUUAAUUUCAUUUGAAGGACAAAAAAGGAGGAUUUGCUGAAAGAUUUUGAUCCAAUCCCUCCGUAUUAUUACUUACUGUAAUUGGAUAAAGUUAAUGAUAAUGAAGAACAAAAUUGAUGCUAAAA